AUGGCUUUAUCUGAAGAAGAAAAAAUCGUCAUCAAAAAUUUAGUAAACCGCGGGUACAAAGUGCAUCAGAUUUUACAACAUUCUGACAACACUUUGAGAAAAAGUACUGUUUACGAUUUUGUAAAAAAGUUGAGAGAAACAGGAUCAAUUCAGAGAAGAGAAGGUAGCGGUAGACCGAAAACUGUGAGAACAGAGGAUAAUAUAGCCCUAAUUCGAAAUUUAGCAUCAGUUAGCCCUGAGAGGAGACCUAAUUGUGUGGUAAGUACAAAAAUCGGUGCAAUGUUCAUAUUUCCAAGAGAAGAAAAUAAAAGACUAGGGACCAAUCCACCUUGCCACAAUAACCUUCCGAUUGUUGAAGAGAUUAAAAUUAUAAUGGAAAAUGCAAAACAUGAUGCGAUAAACUGCGCUAAAGAUUUAAAUAUGUUGCUUCCCGACGAGUUGAUAAAAUCGGCGUUGGAAACAAUCUCUCUACCUCCAAUAGGUGUUUAA